CUUAUUUGCCUGGGGAAAAUGUUGUCAACAACUUUAUGUUAAACUAAUACUAUUUGAUACAACUAUAACUACAUUUUCAUUAGUGGUAAUAUUGGAAAACAUAACAAUCUCAAAAUAUUUUAUGAACAGGCAUCUACUUGUGUACCUAAUUCGUGUUAUGAGGACCCCGCGAGAACGUUACGGAAUUCAAAUUUCAAAACAAACCUCAACUGUUUGGCUUCAACAUGCAAGUGUGCAAGUGUAUGUGCCAGCUAGUUGGUGGCUACUACACACACCAGCGGGCUUAGGAAAAGAACAAAUACGAUGGACGUGGAGGAAAAAGACAAAUCUCCUCGCAACGCGAGCGUUACAGGAUCUUUCAAACUGCCGAAGAUUGAAGAUUUCGUCAUUUUAAAACCUAUCAGCCGCGGUGCUUUUGGCAAAGUCUAUCUUGCACGGAAGAAAUGCAACGCCCGCUUGUAUGCCGUUAAGUCCAUGAAUAAAGCGGACAUGGUGGAUAAAAACAUGACGGGCCAAAUGAAGGCAGAGAGAGAUGCCCUGGCUUUGAGCAAAAGUCCCUUCGUGGUUCACCUGUUUUAUUCUCUCCAGACGGCCACCAAAAUCUACCUGGUGAUGGAGUACCUCAUUGGAGGAGAUGUGAAAUCUCUUCUUCACAUUUGUGGAUAUUUUGACCAGGACAUGGCGGUCAAAUACAUCUCCGAGGUUGCCCUCGCUUUGGACUACAUCCACCGCCAUGGCAUCAUCCACAGGGACCUAAAACCAGACAACAUGCUCAUUUCCAACGAAGGUCACAUUAAGUUAACCGACUUUGGGCUUUCCAAGGUGAAGCUUGACGGAGAACUGAAACUUACAGAUAUCCUAAACACACCCUCUGUGUCCAAAACCACAAAUUUCUCACGCACGCCUGGUCAAGUCAUGUCCUUAAUCAACUCGAUUGGUUUUAACACCCCUGUGGCAGAAAAUAAACGCCACUGCAGCACCUCCGCCGUCUCCUGUGGCAAAAUGAUGGCGAAGAAUAACUGGUUGGGCUCCCCCUCCGUGAGGACAAAGGAGACCAUGAGCUCCCCAGCGCAGAAGCCCUGGAAGAAAGGGCCGCACAACUUCGUGUUCAGUGCGCACAACCUGGCCGUCAAUCUGACGCCCACGCUGAUGAAAACCAGGAAGCGCUUCGAGACCACGAGCGCCGGCAGCACCACCGACACCGAGGGAGGUGUCAGCCCGCUGUGGGAGUGCGAGGAGAAGGAAAAUGAGCAGAACAAACAGAAGGCAAGAGCACAUUUGGAGUCCCACGUGAAGGCCGAUGCAUGCGACCCCCCAGAAACUGCUCCUCGAACCCCCCCACCGUCCUUCAAACGGCCGUUUUCCGACGUGCAGGUGAGCCCGGAGGCUCCGGAGCGCCUCGCGAAGAGGAGCACGGAGCACUACAGACGAUGCCACGACCUUCCCGGCGAGACCGCCGCCAUUCACACCGGCCUCACCGGAGCCUUCUCCGACGUGGCAAUCGUGAUGGCCUCCCUGGGCCCCCUUUCUGUGACUCUUCCAGCGCUCCCCGGCGCCGUGGCCAAGAGCCUCUUUACCCAAAUGGAAAAAUCGCCAGCAGCGGAGGAGGAGCACUUUGCCCACAAGGACUUGUCAGAUUCCAGCUUCACGUCACCGCUUGGCGGCAGAAUUUGUCGGAGUUUGAGUCUGGAUUCUGACACGUCGGAGACAUCACUGACCAUCAGCGGCCUCGACCCCGUCAGGCUUCCCGAAAUGAGCGCCUCGGCUUCCCCCGAGGAGCUCGCCGAGGCGUCCGCCUCCCCGGCGUCGUCCUUCCUGCGGUCCAAGAACGCGGUGGCGUUCCGGAGCUACUGCAGCUCCAUCAACCGCUCCGACGUGUCGCGGCUCAGCGUGGGCUCGGCCCUGGACGCGUCCUCGCCCGCUGUCGUCCUCGCCACGCCGGUCCAGAGGAAGACCAGCUCCGGCAGCUCGCUCUACCAGACUCCUCAGGCCGUGUCCACCUCGCACACCCCCUUCCGGACUCCCAAAAGUGUGCGACGGGGGGCGCUUCCCGUGGAGGGGGCGCCCAUUUUAGGGACCCCCGACUAUCUGGCCCCCGAGCUGCUUUUGCGGACGUCUCACGGGAAGUGUCGCUACGACUGCAUGGUGGACUGGUGGGCGCUGGGCGUGUGUCUGUUCGAGUUCCUGGCCGGUGUGCCACCCUUCAACGAUGAGACGCCGCAACUCGUCUUCCAGAAUAUUCUCAACAGAGCUGUUCAAAUCAGGUGCCGGAAGAAACAGACUCAGUCUACAUAUAUUUUUAUAUAUUCAUUUUUAAGACAUCCCCUGGCCCGAAAGAGACGAGGAGCUGUCAGACAACGCCAGGAACACCAUCGACAUCCUCCUGACCGUGGACAAGACCAAGCGGGCGGGACUCAAAGAGCUGAAGCGCCACCCGCUGUUCGAGGGCUGUGACUGGGAGAACCUCCACACUCAGCCCAUGCCGUUCAUCCCGCAGCCGGAUGACGAGACGGACACGUCGUACUUCGAGGCCCGGAACAACGCGCAGCAAAUCGUUUUGUCCGCCUUCAGUUUCUAGCCAACACGACGCGUCCCAUUGCCAUCAUUUAAAUGCAGUAACAUGUCCAAAAAACAAAAACAUCUUCUGUGCAAUCACUACUUAUUUAAUGAAAGUAUUUUCUUUUUAUGCCAUUGAGCUCUUAAGGUUUAUUUUAUCAGUUUCCCAUUCAAAAAUAAGCACUGGUUUUGUUUUUCCUUGGCGUUUGUAGAGAAUGUUUAUGAUUGCGGCACUUGCUGUUCAACUGCUAUUAAUAUAUUCAACAGUUCUGUAUUUUUUUGUGUCAAGUGUACUUGUAAAGAUGGUUAAAUGCUGCUUCCAAACACAAUCCUGCUGCUUUUUAUGACCUGACACGCUGUCCAGUUCAAAGUUUUAAUGUUUCCCUUGACAGAGAAAAGCAAAUAAAAUGUUUGUAACAAAAGAA